CUCACCAGGUGCGAAAAACUUAAAGAAAACAGCAGGAGAAUUCAAAAGUCAAGCUGGAAGCAUAUAUCUGGUACUACAGACUGGCCACUAACUCAUGAAACUCACUAUCAAAAGAAGUAAUCCGAGCAUUCAGUCGCGUUUUUAAAGAAAAGAUUGAAAAGGCGAAGAAAAUUACUGGAAAGGCGGUGAGGACAGGCCUAAGCUCUUCCAUCAUCAACCGAAAUUCUGAAUCGGCAAACUUAAUAACUAGGUACUGCGUGUUCACUGGCAAGGUUGGACCAUAGGCGCUCACUUUGAAUUUCUUCACGAUGAUAUCUAUUCUUCCUGUGUUGGUUGCGGCAUGUUUUUCUGCGUAUUGUGUGUCUUCUGGGAGUGUAUUGGCAACACCCGAAUCUCUUCCAGCUACUUUCCAAGUUCUUUCAAAUAGUUCGGAAAUCUGCCUUUUGAUACAGUUUCAUGUCAACUUAUCCGUAGUCUACACAAAGGUUUCACACCCACCGAUUCAUGUUUUGAUUAAUUCUGCAAAUCGUGGCAAGUUUUACUCAACAGGCUUGUGUAGUGAGCGGAAGGAAACUCUGCAGUUAACUUGGACGCAAAAUAAUACAGUGGCUAACUGGAGCCUUUUAUUUAAUUUCUCGCAUGACAAAAGUAAUUAUAAUCUCAAUGAAAUCAGUCUACAUUUCGAACUGGUUAAUUUGCCAGGCUUGAGAAAUGUAUCAAGUAAUCAAUCACUUAUUUCUUGCCCAGUUGGUUCCUUCUAUUCUUGCAAGGCUGAACAAAACGUAGUGCUGAACUCUUCCUAUCCAAGUCCAGUAACUAUCAAUCUUACUGUUUCUCAGUUGAAAGUUGAGGCAUUUCGAAACGGACCAAAGCCAGAAUUUAAUGGCAUAAGUAAGUUUAUUUAGAUCCUCCAUAGUGUUGCUGUUAAUGUUUUUGUCUGUGGUUGGUUAUCUUGUGAUUUUUUGAACAGACAAUCCUGUUUACCAUACCAGCAGUCCUAGAUUUUCAUCUCUAUUUCGGCAGUUGGGUAAAUUCAGGCCAGGUGUGUUCGAGGAAGUGCAUCAGGACUAUGUACUCCAGUUAGGCACGGUAACAGAUUAUAUCGAUGUAAAGUAUGGUUUGUGUUUCGUAUUGAAAGACGUUUCUCAUCUUUGUUCCACUGUGUAACUACCUAGUCGAGGAUAGUGGUAACGUAUAACCUUAUUUGGUUUGCUAGUUUGUUCGCUUACUUGGAUUAGAAGUAACUAUACUCAACUUGUAUGUUGUUUUUCACUAUUCCACUUCUGUGUAAUUUUCUACUUCUACAUAGGCCUGAAACCGAUUAUGGUGUACUGUGAUAUACUUUGGUUUUUUAGGGUUGCAGCAGUAUAACAACCGGUUUGGUGGGUAAAUUUUUCUACUUUCUCUCGCCCUCCACUUAGAUAGAUCUGAUAAAUGAAGUAAGACUUCUCAACCUUUCUUAUUCUUCACUAGUUUCACAUGUCAUAUUAUUAUUAUUAUUGUCUAUCCACUUAAUUUAUUAGUAUUACGCAACAUUUUGUGUCACACGAUUUCGAUUUAAUCUAGUUAUUGGAUUGUUUAUAUUUUUAUGAUAUCAUCAUUAUUCUUAUGACCAUCUGCGUUAACUACUUGUACUUUUAAAAUGGGAAUAUUUAAAGACUUGUACUUUUGUUAUUACUGACCUGAUUAUUAAUGUUAUUGCUAUUAUUUAUAACAUUCAACACUUAUUUUUGAUUCACACAUUCACCGUCAUUAGUAAAAUAUCUCUGUAUAUAAAGCUAUGAACGUUAGAGCGAAUCGUGAGAAAGAUCUAAUUGAAGACAAUAUUGUUCGCUUAUACGUCGUGUUUUAAUUUUAACAAUAGGAACAUAUUUAUUUACUGUGUAACAUUAUCACUGGUUGAGUGCUCACUCGAUAGUGGACUAAAUAAACUCGUUCCAACUAUCAUCGGAAUUUCGCUAGCGGUGAUGAUUGUAAUUGCUUUGGUUAUAUUUAUUGUUACCAGUCAACGUCAUCGAAUUCGUGGUAACGCUGGGGAUUAUCAGCAAAUCUGAUGUGUCUGAGGUUUUAAUAUCGGUUUUGGACCUAACAACUAAACCGUAUUACUUUUGACUACAUGAUCGAAACGGUGAUUCAUGAAACAAUUUAUUCACGAAUACCACUUGAUUUAUUUCACUUGAUAGUGGCCAUUUUCUGCAGAACUCAAUUUUGUUACUUAAAGCUUAAUUAUUCAAAUAUGAUCAACUUUUACAACUGAUUUAUGUUCAUGUAUUUGAUGAUCAACACUAUUGUUGAUUCACCAUUCCCAUACACCAUGUAGAUUAUGAUUUGCUUAAAAUCAUAUGUACACAUAUGGACUAUCAGUUUCGUUUGUGUAUUUUAUCACAAACUCCUUUACUCCACCUCAUAUACAAGAUCUUUCAUAUCUUUGAUGAAAAAGUCUGAUUAUUUUUCUGUCUCUUUGUUACAUGAUGAAUGUAAAUCUUAUUAAGGUUCCUAUAAUAUUCGAUUGAAACAAAAUCAUGUCAUCCUGGUUUUCAUUUGUAAUAAAGUGAAAAUUAGCAAGAACCA